UGAAGGAGGAAUGUGGGAGUUUCAUGGCGGCCCUGUCUGUGAACGUGGUGACAGUCAACAUGUUACUGAGUGUCUUCUUUCUUUCAGGUGUUUUUGCUGGUUGUGAUGAGAACAGAGUUGGUCUCUUCAUCACUGCACCAAAGCAGAUGGAAGCACUGAGUGGAUCUUGUUUGCAAAUCCCAUGUAGCUUUAGAGAUAAAUCAGGAGAAAAGAAUGAAAGUCAAACAAAAGAAAUGUUUGAUGGCAGCAGAGAAACAUUUGGGGUGUGGCUUAAAAGUGAACCAAGCUAUGGAAAUAAUCCAUCUAAUAUUAUUUUUAACAGCAGUAAGUCAGAAAAUUCCUUUAAAAUGAAAAUAAUUGGAAACCUGAGUCAGAAAAGCUGCACCACUUUGUUUUAUAAUUUAAACUCAAGUCAGUCAGACAGAUACUUCUUAAGGAUUGAGAACGGACCGUUCAAGGCUACAGCUCGCUGUGAUCCUGUUAAUAUAACAGUUAAAGAUUCUCCUCAGAGACCCAGAAUAGAAAUCUCAGGUGAUGUGAAGGACCUGAAGGAGAAGGAGUCUGUCACUAUAACCUGCUCAGCUUUCACUCCCUGUCCACACUCCCCUCCUGAACUCACCUGGAAUCUCCAACAAGACUCUCACAGACAAACAGAGGAAAACACAGAUGGAACCUUUACAACUAAAAUCCAGCAGAACAUCACUCUGUCACACAGACAUGAUGGAUACACCAUCACAUGUUCUGCCAGAUAUCCUGUGGAUGGAGGAAAACAUGUGAACACAUCAGAGACUCUCAGUGUUUCAUAUGCUCCUAAAGACACCUCAGCAUCCAUCAGUCCAUCAGGUUUGGUGUCAGCAGGUAGCUGGGUGAAGCUGAACUGCUCCAGCAGAGCCAAGCCUCCCGUCAGCAGCUUCACCUGGUUCAAGAUCAGCACAGAGGGACCCGUUAAUGUGUCUGAGGGACCGGUUCACAGCUUCAAUGCAGCGGAUGGAGGAGUUUAUUACUGUGUGGCUGCAAAUAAACUGGGAAACCAGACGUCCCAAGAAAUCUGUAUUAAUAUUGAAGACCCAUCAAACAGCUCAGCGUUCAUUAAAUUCGGAGGAAUUGCUGUGAUCAUCAUACCCAUCUGCCUGCUUGUCUGGUUUUGGAGGUUUAAGAAACGUCCAACUCAACAAGAGAAUCAGAAUCAAACAGGUGAAGAGCUUACUCUUCAAAUUCCAGCCAAUAAACCAGAGGAAGAAGUCCAUUAUGAAGAUAUAAACUUUUUGACCCGGAGACCUGAAGCUUCCUCCGUCUCAGUGCAGGACAGCAGACAGCAGCAGGAGACGGUGUACGCACAGGUCAAAGUGUCCAAACAAGAAAACAGCUCAACACGAAUGACGAACGGACCAGAGGAUCUCUACGCUCAAGUAAAGAAAAAGUGACUCUUGGUGUGUGAUUAAAUAUCGCAUCUUUACUUUUUUAUGUUAGUUAAUGUUUUUACUCCUUUCAGUUCAACAGAAGCUGCAAAGCUUCUCACACAGUGGUUCAAGUAGUUUUGUCACUUUAGAUUUUAUUAUUGUCCAGUUUGGGUUGAAGUAGUCAAACAUCCUUUAUUUAGAAAAGCUAAUAAUACUACACUGUAAAAGUACUUGAUUAAAUGACAGUUUUUUAUCAAAUAUUGGGUAGUAUGAUGAUAAAAAGCUGAAUGAUCUGUAACCCCAUAGAUUCCAGAGGACAGAAUCCACAGGAUUUCCAUUUCAGUCCAUCUGAAAGUAAAUCUGA